UUGCUGAACAACCAACCAGUCUAUGGGCAAACCAAACAACUAUCCCGACCAGAGACUACUGAGGCUGACUAUAAUCCAACACCUCACCACAGCAUAUUUUAUGGGAGUUACAUCAUGUUGGUUUUCCUGCUAUGGGCUUCACUGUACCUCUCAAGCCUCCAAGAACAAAAUGGUCAAGAUGGUAAGUCCAAAACGUUAUAAUUUUAUCAAUAUUUUUGAUUGAUACAGGACUGUACAGUAUGUGAAGUUGAAUUGCAUUUUCAUCAUGCAUACUGUAACAGGCUAUACCUAUGUAGCCCCAGGUGACCUGCUUUCUGGACCUCAGAAUGUGAGUGUGAAAUAUGACCUAAAAGACCAGAGGAUAUCUGUAACAUGGGAAGAUGACCCAUCUUCCUCCAGAGUACCAGACAAACUGAUUUAUGAUGUGGAGGUUCUCUUAGCAGACAAUAUGACUGAAGUACACAGUGUGAGUGUUUGUUAAAUCAAUUACGCACAUUACUACUAUGGACACUAUUCCAAGUGUAUUAUAUAGAAGUAAACAAAGUACGAGUGACUGGUUGUGGGUGUGGCUGUCCUCAGGAAGCUGUGGAUGUGAGACCAGACCAAGUCGGCAGGAAAUAUCACUGGAGUUGGACAUCUGCUUUAUCCCUAGAGUGCACCUCCCACUCAGUCAGGCUCCGCUCCCGAUACCAGAACUACACCAGUCAAUGGAGCCCCCUACAGACCAUCACUGGUUAGUGUUUAUAUUUAAAUUCACACAUAGUCACACGCAGGCAAGUAUGCACAAACACACACACACACAUACACACACAUAUGAUGUUGUUCAUUCACAUUAGUAACCUUAUUUAUUUCUACAGGGAUGGCGUCAUCAUCACAUCCACAGGUUUUCCCAAGGAGCAGAGUGGUUCAAGUCGAUAGCAACUUCACUUUCUGCUGUAUUCUUGGGCCAGGGCAGACACUUAAAUACAUGAAAUACAACAACAUUCUAAUGAACACCACCCAUAUCAUUGACCAGAGCUAUGCCAUGGUUGUGCACAUGCAGUCUCCCUCUCCGCCCAAUUGCAUCAAUGUCUACUGUAAUUCACCUCUGUAUGGCACCUGUGUUUAUGUGGGAUGUAAGUAUAAACUGCUUCUAAGCUUCCCUCUUACCAAUCUAAGCUCAUCUAACAGCUAAACAACUCUGUAGUUCCUUGCCAUACUGUACAGUUUACGGCAUCAUUCGAGUGUAAUCAUCAUGGAUAUGAGAUGUGUUCAAACAUACAGAUCCUAUAAUUCACUUAAUUCACUUCAUAAUUGAAUUACUGUAUAGGAUUUCUAUGUGUUCAAACCUCAUUCCCCCCCAGACCCCCCUGGUGACAGGAACCUUGUGUGUGAGACCCGGGACCUGGAGUCAGUGGAGUGUCACUGGGACACAGGGAGGGCCACCAACCUGACUAAACAGAGGAAGACCCUUUAUCACCUUAAUGGAAGGUACAGUACAGUACAAUAACAAACAAAGAAAGGAAAAGCCACUCUAGUAGCUCCGAUGCAAUAAUUGAUUCACCAACAGUUCGACAGCAAGCUGUCUUUAUCAGGCUAGAGUACUAUCCAGGCCAUGAUAUUGUUAGUAUUAUUGUGUAAUAAUCACUGGAGGUGACAUUCUCUGUCCAUGCAUUUUUCAGAGCUUGUCCAAACGGAACAGUCUCAAACUGCUACCAAACAGUACGAGUGGAUCAGGGGGAGAGGAAUUGGACAUUGACUGCCAGAAACCCGCUCGGCACACUGGAGCUCAGAGACACAGCAGACCUGAAGAAAAGAGGUACAGUAGUGUGAUAGAAACCCUCACACACUGCAAUAUGAAUCUAUUCCUUACUCUUAGUAUAUUGAUUUACAAGGCCAUUGUAUGUUGUGGUUCUACCUUCCAGUGCGUUUACUAGCUCCCAUGGAAGUGGUGGCUUCAGAUGUGAAUGCCAGAAAUGCCAGUGUUCAGUGGCAGUGGGAAAGACAGCAGUACAAUGUACUUUUAAUGGUUUGCCAGGUACAGCUGAACCAUAGUGGGCACAUAGACAUGGUAAGUUACAGUAGGACACCUACAGUACAAUGGACAAUAUAAUUAUUAACUAGGCAGUACUAAUGCUAAGCCCAUUUACACUCUAUUCACAGAGGAAAUAUUCUGGCAUAGGUCUUAGGUCAGUAGUUUUACAUGGCCUAGCACCUGCCCAGACAUACACAGUGCAGGUGCAUUGUGGAUUGAAACAGCACUUCUGGAAAUGGGGCGACUGGAGCAGAGGUAGCACCUUCAAAACCAAAGAGGACAGUGAGUAUCCAAUCCAUAUGCAGCUACAUGGACACACCUUUUUUAAAUAUGGGUAAAAAGAAAGACAGAUCAAACACACACACACACAGUAUGUGUAAAGAUUGCAGUGUGCAUUGUAUUUGAUUACAUAAAGUUCACAAUUGUUAUGAUGUCAUCAUGUGUUAUUUUUGUCCCAGCUCCUGAAGCGUUAGAUGUAUGGAUGCAGAUUGAAGGGAACCAAACCAUUAUACUAUGGAAAGUAAGUUUUGAAAAUUAUGUGCACACUAUAUAGUAUACAUUAUGUGCUAUUGGUCAUACUACAUUAUAAACUGGGUGGUUCAAGCCCUGAAUGCUGAUUGGCUGACAGCCGUGGUAUGUCAGACUGUAUACCACGGGUAUGACAAAACAUUUAUUUUUACGUUUGUAACCAGUUUAUAAUAGCAAAAAGGCACCUCAGGGGUUUGUGGUACAGUUGAAGUCGGAAGUUUACAUACACUUAGGUUGGAGUCCAACCACUCCACAAAUUUCUUGUUAACGAACUAUAGUUUUGGAAAGUCGGUUAGGACAUCUACUUUGUGCAUGACACAAGUAAUUUUUCCAACAAUUGUUUAUUGACAGAUUAUUUCACUUAUAAUUCACUGGAUCACAAUUCCAGUGGGUCAGAAGUUUACAUACACUAAGUUGACUGUGCCUUUAAACAGCUUGGGAAAUUCCAGAAAAUGAUGUGAUGGCUUUAGAAGCUUCUGAUAGGCUAAUUGACAUCAUUUGACUCAAUUGGAGGUGUACCUGUGGAUGUAUUUCAAGGCCUACCUUCAAACUCAGUGCCUCUUUGCUUGACAUCAUGGGAAAAUCUAAAGAAAUCAGCCAAGACCUCGGAAAAUAAAUUGUAGACCUCCACAAGUCUGGUUCAUCCUUGGGAGCAAUUUCCAAACGCCUGAAGGUACCACGUUCAUCUGUACAAACAAUAGUACGCAAGUAUAAACACCAUGGGACCACGCAGCCGUCAUAACACUCAGGAAGGAGACACGUUCUGUCUCCUAGAGAUUAAUGUACUUCGGUGCGAAAAGUGCUGUGGGGGUGCUUUACUGCAGGAGGGACUGGUGCACUUCACAAAAUAGAUGGCAUCAUGAGGAAGAAAAAUGAUGUGGAUAUAUUGAGGCAACAUCUCAAGACAUCAGUCAAGAAGUUAAAGCUUGGUUGCAAAUGGGUCUUCCAAAUGGACAAUGACCCCAAGCAUACUUCCAAAGUUGUGGCAAAAUGGCUUAAGGACAACAAAGUCAAGGUAUUGGAGUGGUCAUCACAAAGCCUUGACUUCAAUCCUAUAGAAAGUUUGUGGGCAGAACUGAAAAAGCGUGUGCAAGCAAGGAGGCAUACAAACCUGACUCAGUUACACCAGCUCUGUGAGGAGGAAUGGGCCAAAAUUCACCCAACUUAUUGUGGGAAGCUUGUGGAAGGCUACCUGAAAUGUUUGACCCAAGUUAAACAAUUUAAAGGCAAUGCUAGCAAAUACUAACUGAGUGUAUGUAAACUUCUGACCCACUGGGAAUGCGAUGAAAGAAAUAAAAGCUGAAAUAAAUCAUUCUCUCUACUAUUAUUCUGACAUUUCACAUUCUUAAAAUAAAGUGGUGAUCCUAACUGACCUAAGACAGGGAAUUUUAACUAGGAUUAAAUGUCAGGAAUUGUGAAAAACAGAGUUUAAAUGUAUUUGUCUAAGGUGUAUGUAAACUUCUGACUUCAACUGUAUAUGGCCAAUAUACCACGGCUAAGGGCUGUAUCCAGGCACUCCGCUUUGCGUCGUGCGUAAGAACAGCCCUUAGCCGUGGUAUAUUGGCCAUAUACCACACCCCCUCUGGCCUCAUUGCUUGAGUAUAGCACAUUAGGAGACUGGGCUGAUAAUCAAGACAUGAAUUAGACAUUAAUUAUAUCAAAUUGAUUAUGAUAUUCAUCCCUUCCUCUUUAGCCCCUUACAGUGAACCAGAGUCAUGGGCAGAUCAAGGACUCUGAGGUGACCUGGGGAAGGCAGAAGACAAUUGUCCAUCCACCUCAGAAUUACUUUCUCCUCAGUGAUCGAUCCACCAAUGAGGGGCAUAGGGUCACAGUUACAGCCAGAAACUCUGCUGGCAGCUCCCCUCCCUCGAUCAUCAUUAUUCCCAGGCUUCCUCACAGAAUUAAAAGCUCCAUGAAAAUUGUUGGCAGUGAUGGUGGGUUUGACCUAUCCUGGUCCGCUAGCCCCAAUGCUAGCUGUGGCUACGUGGUGGACUGGUGUCCCACACAUAGUAAAUGCAGAGUGGGUUGGGUGAAGGUACCAACUGGUAUAACCAAGGCCAGAAUCCAAUCAGGUAAGAAGGCAAGUCUUUGAUGAACCUUAGAAAGGGGAUAGUGUGUUGAAAUCAGACCUGGGUUCAAACACGUGUGUAUUAGAUUGUUUGUUAUUUAAAUACUUAUUUCCUGUGUAUUUUCAAAUAAUGUCUCCCGAAUCAACUACUUCUAUUGGAAGUAUUUGAAAGUACACUGCUCAAAAAAAUAAAGGGAACACUAAAAUAACACAUCCUAGAUCUGAAUGAAUGAAAUAAUCUUAUUAAAUACUUUUUUCUUUAUAUAGUUGAAUGUGCUGACAACAAAAUCACAAAAAAAUGAUCAAUGGAAAUCAAAUUUAUCAACCCAUGGAGGUCUGGAUUUGGAGUCACCCUCAAAAUUAAAGUGGAAAACCACACUACAGGCUGAUCCAACUUUGAUGUAAUGUCCUUAAAACAAGUCAAAAUGAGGCUCAGUAGUGUGUGUGGCCUCCACAUGCCUGUAUGACCUCCCUACAACGCCUGGGCAUGCUCCUGAUGAGGUGGUGGAUGGUCUCCUGAGGGAUCUCCUCCCAGACCUGGACUAAAGCAUCCGCCAACUCCUGGACAGUCUGUGUUGCAACGUGGCGUUGGUGGAUGGAGCGAGACAUGAUGUCCCAGAUGUGCUCAAUUGGAUUCAGGUCUGGGGAACGGGCGGGCCAGUCCAUAGCAUCAAUGCCUUCCUCUUGCAGGAACUGCUGACACACUCCAGCCACAUGAGGUCUAGCAUUGUCUUGCAUUAGGAGGAACCCAGGGCCAACCGCACCAGCAUAUGGUCUCACAAGGGGUCUGAGGAUCUCAUCUCGGUACCUAAUGGCAGUCAGGCUACCUCUGGCGAGCACAUGGAGGGCUGUGCGGCCCCCCCAAAGAAAUGUCACCCCACACCAUGACUGACCCACCGCCAAACCGGUCAUGCUGGAGGAUGUUGCAGGCAGCAGAACGUUCUCCAUGGCGUCUCCAGACUCUGUCACGUCUGUCACGUACUCAGUGUGAACCUGCUUUCAUCUGUGAAGAGCACAGGGCGCCAGUGGUGAAUUUGCCAAUCUUGGUGUUCUCUGGCAAAUGCCAAACGUCCUGCACGGUGUUGGGCUGUAAGCACAACCCCCACCUGUGGACGUCAGGCCCUCAUACCACCCUCAUGGAGUCUGUUUCUGACCGUUUGAGCAGACACAUGCACAUUUGUGGCCUGCUGGAGGUCAUUUUGCAGGGCUCUGGCAGUGCUCCUCCUGCUCCUCCUUGCACAAAGGCGGAGGUAGCAGUCCUGCUGCUGGGUUGUUGCCCUCAUACGGCCUCCUCCACGUCUCCUGAUGUACUGGCCUGUCUCCUGGUAGCGCCUCCAUGCUCUGGACACUACGCUGACAGACACAGCAAACCUUCUUGCCACAGCUCACAUUGAUGUGCCAUCCUGGAUGAGCUGCACUACCUGAGCCACUUGUGUGGGUUGUAGACUCCGUCACAUGCUACCACUAGAGUGAAAGCACCGCCAGCAUUCAAAAGUGACCAAAACAUCAGCCAGGAAGCAUAGGAACUGAGAAGUGGUCUGUGGUCACCACCUGCAAAACCAGUCCUUUAUUGGGGGUGUCUUGCUAAUUGCCUAUAAUUUCCACCUGUUGUCUAUUCCAUUUACACAACAGCAUGUGAAAUUUAUUGUCAAUCAGUGUUGCUUCCUAAGUGGACAGUUUGAUUUCACAGAAGUGUGAUUGACUUGGAGUUACAUUGUGUUGUUUAAGUGUUCCCUUUAUUUAUGUAUUUUUCAAGUACUUAUUUUAUAUACUAUUUUUUAAUACCUGGGUUAAAUGCAUGGGAGUGUUUUUGAGUCAGUGUAUUUGUGUAUUUCCAGAUACAUUGCAAUAUUCAACUACUUGUCUUUUCAAAUAAAAAAAAUAUCUGAAUACUUACUUUGAAAUGUAUGUGAAAGUAAUUGAGAUAUUUGAAAUAGUAUUUGAACCCAGGUCAGGGUGAAAUUGCUCAAACACCAUGUCACAAGGUAAAUGCUUUUUAUUCAUUAUUGUAAUACCUUUGGAGUUCGGUUCGUGAAAAAUAUGUAAACCUUCAUGCCCUUGUCCCGGUUUCUCCACCCAGCUAGCUUUGAAGAGGGGGUGAGGUACACACUCUCCAUCUAUGCCUGUACUCCAGGGGCCCCAGAGCUAAGGGAGAGAAGGGAGGGCUAUGUAAAAGAGUGCCGUAAGGAUCCACUUUUCUGACUUAAUUAUUAAAUCCAGAAUUCUUUAUUUACUUUCCUCUUGCUAUAGUAUUUGACCAUCCAUCUCUAUCUUUGCUCCAUAGUUCCAAAAGGACCGAUUCAGAGGUUGGCUGUAGAACAGUACGGUUCGGACACGGUUUUGAUCUCCUGGACUGGUAUUCCCCCAGAGAAUCAGACGGCGUUCAUUCAUGGUUACAUCAUAUACUACUUUGAUACUUCCCAUCCUUCCAGCAUGAAAGCUUUCAAUGUCACUACAGGUAUGAAACACAUGUCCAGAGAGGAUUUACAGUAUUCAGUGACAAAUUGAUUCAGUUUAAUAAUAUCUUGCUGCUUUCUUUUUUCCCCCUUAUUUUCUUAUUUUUUGAUAAUUGUCUGCUAUGAUGGCCAGAUGAGCCUGAGGCCAAGAACCUGACAGGCCUACCUAUCAGCACCUACAGAUUCACAGUGAAGGCCCUCACAUCAGUAGGGGAGGGCGGAGAGUCUUCACCUGUCUUCCUCCAGAUGACCCUGCAGAGUAUGUCCUGACCUAUUCAGUUGUGUAUUUGUAUUGCUGCUGCUUUGUAAAAAGCGGUAACUUUCUGACUCCAUUCCACAGCUGAUCAGUUGAUCACAGUGAUUAUCAUUUCCCUGGGUUCAGCUGCCUGUCUCCUCACUCUGGUCACCAUCUUAUGCUACAGAAACUGGAAAUGGUAGGAACAUAUUUACUGUCAAGUCAAUCAAUCAAUCCAAUUUAUUUUACAAAGUGGGUCGUUCCAUGUCAUUUCAGCAAGCCAAGACACCAACCAUCUCAGAUUGUUCUGAAAUCGUUUCUGUAGUUAGAAACAGCUAAGAUUUGCAUUUCUGCAACAUUAUUUUGUUCAAAUAUAAUUAGAUCUCUAAUUGUUUGCACCCAAAUUGGCCAUUUUAAUUUAUAGGAUUCAUAUAAUAUUCAAUAAAUAUAGUACCUAACAUCUGAUUUGGACCAAACUUUUUUCUAACAAUGAAUAAGACAUGAGGAAUCCAAAUAAAUGGUCAAAAGCCACCUAUGGACACUCUACACCACACCCCACACCAAUCCCAACCCAACAACGAGUAUACAGUAUCAGUACUCUGUCUGACUAGUAGUAUGGAGCUGCGGCUCGGAGUAUUGUUUCUUCAUCCUAUGUAAUGUAUUCUCAGUGAAUUUGGUAAUGUUUUUAAAUUUUUUGCUGUUCAGAGAAAUGAGUAAUUGAAGUUGUUAGGUUUCUGUCCCUUCCUAUAUUCUGAUAUUACCCGGUUCUGACUAGUAGAUGGUGCUAUUCCUACAUAUCAGGAUGUAGGAUGGGACCAGAGCAUAUGAGCGGAGUGGAGCGGAGCGGUGAGAAUCUCAGCUCCUCGCUCACGGAGCUGUUCACCCCUCCGCUCCCCCCGCUCAAAGCCACAUCAGGCCAGUCCGCUCAUUAUCGCUCAGCGCUCAACGCAGUUUGCAUCGCGCUCCACUCAAAUCGCCCCCCGCUCACUCCAAAAAAUGAAAAUAAUCUGCAUGUAUUUCACUUUUAGCUUAAACCACAGCCUUACUUUAUCUCCCCGAGUUUGUUGCAUACAGACUCAUCUCGGAUUAUCCAUUCUGUCUUGAAACGGGGAUCUAACACUGAUGCUAAAAUGAGAUGUUUAUCAGUAUAGUAUAUUCCAUAGCGUAUUGACACGUUGUUUGCCAAUGUUUCUGCAAAAGCAGCGAUGCCCAUUGGAAGUGCUGCGUGAGUGUCAUCGGUGAGCAGGGAUUUGAUUUCUGUGACAUCAGGGAGGAUCAUCCCCAGGUUCCCCAGCUCCUUCUGCAUUUUGUCUGUGUGGUCUGCCAGUGGUGUCAGCACACUGACAAGGUGCGUCAGCUGCCGUACUUGAUUCAGGGUGAUGUUAGCAACAUUAGACUUGAGUUUGUUUUGCCAUAACGGGUAUUUUUGGAACAACCGGAUGAACGACUGUAUCAUCCCCAGCUGGCUGCACCAUCGAGUGGCGCAGGCAUUUGUGGGGCGGACACCUAAUUGGUCGGUUUCCUCUGUGUUCAGGGUGCUCUUGCGUACACUUUUCACCAGGUGCCCGACAUUCACUAACAGCCUAUUCAUGUUGUCGUGCUCGUUAACGGCGUCUUUGAUCGCCAGCUGAAGCAUGUGAAUGGGGCAUCUCAGAUGUAAAUUUGACACAGUAAAGUACUGAUUUAUCAUAGUUUCUACAUUAGUGGUUAUCACUUCCACAUGGACUUGCGAGGGCGCAGGUGGUCCCUCAUCCUCCUCUUCAUGUUCUGCGCUGCUGCUGGCAUCCGCGGUCACUUCACCCUCCGCCUCCUCUUCAGUGCCAGGGAGGAGGUUAAACGCCUUGAUCAUGUUGCUGGCACUGUCAGUGAUGACCCGAAUCACACGUCGUUGCACGUUCCAAUAUUUCAGUACACUUUCAUAUUUUUGGUAAAUACGAUCUGCGGUAUGGUGCCCCUGUAUGUGCUCACAGCCCAACAAAACCGUGUGCCCCCGGAACGUCCCAUCAAUGAAACUGGCCACGAUGCCAAGGAAGCUGUGCCCUCUUCUACUGGUCCAAAUGUCCGCUGACAGAACGAGCCCAUCACCAUUUUGCAGUAGGUCUUGCAGUUUGGCUUCCAUCUCUUCCAGGGCAUGUGGCAUGAGCGUGUCCCGUACGGUGUUGUAGCAUACCCCAUUGGGGUGGUAUUGGCGUGGGGUGUCUGUAGGUGACUUUUGACCAUUCCUUUGGAUUCCUCAUGUAGAUCUCAUUGUUAGAAAAAAGUUUGGUCCAAAUAUGAUGUUAGGUACUAUAUUGAAUUAAUAUUAUAUGAAUCCUAUAAAUUAAAAUGGCCAAUUUGGAUGCAAUCAAUUAGCAAAAUUUCUCAGAGAUCAAAUUAUAUUUUAACUAAAUAAUGUUGCAGGAUUAUAAGAGUACAUGGCCAUUUAGGUAAGAUUGAUCUUCAAGAUGUUCAUAGAUGACCAGAAGGGUAGCUGCUUGCCCGGAGAGUAGAGCAUUUCAGUACAGCCUGGUCUCACAGCAGUCUAAUCUUGAAGUGACAAAAGCAUGGAUUUGCUUUUCUGCAUCAUUUUUGGACCAAACGUUUCUGAUUUUUGCAAUGUUACGAAGAUGGAAAAAAGCUGCUCUUAAAAAAUGUUUUUGAUAUGUUUGUCAUGUCAUAAAAUGCUGUUACAAAGACAGUGCCCACCCCACUCCAUUGGUUGCUAUUUUUUCCAGGACCUGUCCAUAUCGCUGUUUUAUCAACCAUUUAUUUUCUUAAUGUCAACAGUGUGAAAGAGAACCUGUAUCCUAAAAUUCCAAAGCCAGUGUGGAAGGAGGAAUGGUUGACACCACUGGUAGGUCCUCAGUCCCACUCCAUCUUAUUUUUGCAUAUAAGCACCCUAGACUAGAAUGCAGUACUUGCUGCAGGUACAGUAUAUCCUGAUGUUAGUGUUUUUCUUGUUUUCCGGAAGGACCAUGGCCGCCAAAUUCUCUAUGUGGAUCCAUGUCAACCUAGUGAGAUUGAUAUAGUGGGUAACCGAGAGCAGUCUGGAGAAGCUGUACCAGAUAACAAUGCUGGAAACCAGGAGAAGGGUGCCUUAACCAACUCAAACUCAGAUGUCCCAGCUCUGCAUGGAUACUGCAACCAGCUCCUGAGCAAGACCACUCCAGGAUACUCCACCCUCUCCUCUCCUCACUCAAUGGGGUCGCCAUCCUCUCAACUCUCAGGCACAGCAAUCCAGAACCUCUCAUACAACCUAGAAGUACAGGCUGGUUUAGAUAUGGGACAGUCUGUGGGACAUGAGCCGGAUAUGAACUCUCCCUCCUGUCCUGACCCUGAACUACACAUUGACAUGUCUUAUGUGCCCUGGACUCCUGGGGUUACAAGUCCCAGUGUCACAUAGAAGCAGGCUCUCCAGGGGUAGAGCUUCUGGGCAGCCCCAUUUCCAUCAGCUCCACUUACUUCUUGCUAUCCGAUUCAUGAAUUCAGAACAUACAGUCAAUGCAUAUUUCUGUUCCAGCCCAGCACUAACACACCUGAGUAGACCAAUUAGAUUUUGAUUGGGCUAUGAUUGCACUGCUCCCUGAAAUAAAAGUGGCUUAUCAAACAGAAAGAAUGAACUGCUGUAAUUGUAUUUAUUUAAAUGCACUUCUCUCUGCUGACUUGAUAUGUUGCUUUAUGUGAAAUAUUUAGAUGACAGUGAAAAUAUGUUUUGAUAGAUACAGCAUGAGCAAAUGCGUAAGCCUCCAGCAGGGGUCUCUCGAGAUCAGGGAAUGUUCUCCUGCCCACUUCUAAUGGUUCACUCCUGCAGCAUGUUUUGUAGUUGUCAUGGUAACAUUUUACUAGUUCCGUCAACAAAAUCGCCGAGAGACUCCUCGUCAAGGUCCAUGUGAAACAGUUGGGAAACUUGACGGAAUGCAGGACAAAUAGAAGUAUCUGGCUGGAAGAAGCUUGUUUUGUAUCCAAAUAUGUUGGCCAGUCAGACUAGAAAUAAGCCGCAAUGUCGCGAGUUUACGGGACCAACACCUCAUUCAGUGGCUGUGGUAAGUUCAGUACAAACGCUAGUUAACGUUAGUAUCCUAGCUAGUAAGAAACCUACCGUAAACUAGUUAGCUAGCUAGCUAACGUUAAUAAGCUUAGCUACAUGUUGUACAAAGCUAAACAAAUUUAUUUUUUUGUAAAAUUAGAGAGUAAGCAUAUCUAGCAAUUAUUUUUUUAAAUGUUUUUUUCCUGACCCCAAUUGAACUGGGUUGGAAAACUAGCCCCUAGUUGUACUGUAGCCAGAGAGAUUCCUGUCUGACAGUUCUGUACAAUGUUUUAGUUAAAGCAAAUAACUAGGGCCUGGUGUUUCCCUUGGCCAGGUCACUUGGUCAGGAGAAACUGCUGCCCCUCAUAAACAUAAUUACUAAACCUUCACCAACAUUUUCCAGAGGGCGAGGUUCCCAUCAUCCAGGCCUCCAGACUACCUCAUCCUGGAGAGAAGGAAACAGGAGGAGGCCCGGGACAAGGUGUUGGAGUUCACCAAGUACCAGAACACCUGUGACCUUAAGACGCGCUGGGAGAAGAACUCUGACCAGCGCAUUGUGUUGGGAACCAUUGAGAGACGGGUCAAAGAUGCCAUGGGGCAGUAUCAGAUGAGCAUUGAUGAGAGGAGGGAGAGGUCUGUGACAAAUCUUUUGGUUGAGUUCCCAUAACAGCUGAUCAUUUUUUUUUUAUAGAGGUAUUUCAAUUGCUCCAUGUCUGUCUAUCACCCCUGUCUCCCUUAGACUGCACGAUAUGUUGGAGGCAGAGGAGAAGGAACUCCUGAGAGAAAUGGAGACCAAGAAGGAGACAGUGCUGGAGAAACAAGCCAAGAUGCGAGAGAGAGCCAAGUUACUGCGAGAGAGGAGGGAGAGUGAAAGGCUAAGUGUGGUUGAAGACAAGCUUGAACAGCUAUUCAGGUAGAGAAAACACCUAAAGGGAGUUUCUACUAGACAAUGUUGCAGCUUUCUUUUCUAUAUGUGUGUUCAAACCUCUAUACAAAUAGAUUUUUAAAUGGAACAAUUUCAGAGAGCAGAGUGAGGAGCUCCGGGCUGAACAGACUCGACGCAGGCAGGACGAAAUUUGCACUGAGCGGGCUGCGCAGCUACGUACACGGCUGGUGGCGCAGCGGCAGAAAGAGGAGGAGGAGCAGCUCUUUGCUCAUCUGUGGGAGAGCGACCGGCGAGCCAAGGAGGAGCGGGAGGGCCAGGAGGCACAGAGGCAACGCGAGAGUAACCUGCAGCAGCUGGCCUACCUGCGUGUUCAGAUGGAGGCUGCAGAGCAGCAGAGAGAACAGGCCAAGCAGCUCAAAGAGGAGGAGGCCCAGCUACUGGUAGGCUAAUUCAGCCUAUAGCUGAGAUGUUUCUCUCUGUAUCUAAGUGGGUUUCUGCUUUGUGAUCACUAAUUGAGCCCUCUGUUUUUCCUCUGUGUGUCCCCCAGAGGGAGCAGAGAGAGAUGCUGCGUCUGGUGGAGCAGAGAGAGCGCCGUCAGAAGCUCCAAGGUCAGGAGAGCCGACGCAGGCUGCUGGACCACUCUCUGAGGCUGAAGAUGAAGCGCCAGGCCAGGGAGCAGCAGGAUGAGCUGGCGCUGGACAUGAGCAUCCUGGAGCAGCUGCUGACGGAGGAGAGAGAUGAGAAACAGGGCAAGGUCACGAGGAAGGUGGGAAAGUGGAGUCGUAUUAGCAUGUUAAAUUACCACAUUGUCACUCUGUUUGGCACACAAAAAUACAUCUUAUGAAAUGUAAAGAGGCAGAGGAGAACUGACUGAGUGUGUGUGUGUGUGUUUCACAGCUUGAGCUGCGAGAGGAGCAGAGUAGGUACCAGCAGUACCUGGGCGAUCAGCUUGAGGAGCAGAAGAGACAGGAGGUGGAGACAGAGCAGCUGAUCGAGGCGGAGCUAAAGCAGACCUGGACCCGGAGGGCAGAGCAGUGUCACAAAGAGAAACAGGCCAGGGAUAGGCUGAUGAAGGAUGUGAUGGACACACGCCGCCUGCAGAUCCAGGAGAAAUGUAAGAAAGCGGAGGAGAGGGAAGCAUAUCUGUCACUUGGGCAUGAGAUACUGUUAUGGGAUGUGGUCUCAUGGUGUGUGUGCUUGUGUAUUUGUGCUUCUUCUUUAGUGGAUUUGAACAAGCAGAAACAGGCUCAGCUGGCUGAGGAGAGAGACGAGCUAAACAAAACCAUACAGGAGAACAAACUGCUGGAUGAGGAAGAGAAAACUCGGUAUGCAUAGUCUGAUCAAAUAUUCUGAUAUGCGUCCUCUCACAGGAAUACACAUUCUGUGAGAGGAAUUGUACCUUCUUUCACACACAGCAGAAGUCUUCACAAUUAAUAAAUAUCUCUGCUUUCCUCUCCCAGUGUGAGACAGGGCUGUCAGGAGUUCCAGGCAGACCUGCUGGCCCAGAUGAUGUACCAGCAGCAGUUGCGUGAUGAGGGGAGGUCUCAGACAGAGCAGGAGCACCAGCAGGGCCUUGUCUACCAGGAGCAGUACAACAGGAAGAUGCAGGAGAUCCUCUCCAGGCCUACCUCACACACCAGGGCUGUCCACCCCUUCAGGAGAACCUCUUCCACUAACCCUCAGGGACAGUUUAGCUUGGAGUAUCCUAGCAUGUGAAGUAAAGCAAAUGCAUUUAUGGCCUGGUUCGGCAGGGAACACGUACUUUCAUAAUUCAACCAACGUACACAAACACUAAUCUCUAACAAUCAUACACACUAAUCUCUAACAAUCAUAC